GAACAACCCCAUUUCUACAAUUGGUACUAUUCUCCACGCGAGCAAUUCUUCUUUACAACUAUUGCCCAUCACAGUUUCCCCUCAUCGCCCGGAAGAUCUCCCAUUGGUGGUUCCCUUAACCAAGCUAGCUGGGCCGUCACAAUCGAGGCGACGUCGGACAUACUCCGCACUUACCUUAAAGCUGUAUCACCGUACCUUUGACGUCGCCUGCGCUGCGCAUCGCAUAACCUCUCCUUUCGCAAUUCUUCCCAUCGUGUCCCUUAUUCAAUAUGGCCAGUUCACAGGCCUCUGAAGCCUUACAGUCGAAGCCGCGUACGAGCAGUAUCUCUCAAGCAUCCGAGAACUCUCAGACAGCAGCAGACUUCAUUAAGGAGCAGCUGAAUCUCGAGGCUGAGGCUCGCGAAGCCCUUCCAUAUCAAUUUGAUACAUGCACACGCGACCUAGGCGCAAUUCGACAGAGUCUCUUCUCAUGCUUGACCUGCAAUCCUCUCCCGAUUGACCCUUCCGACGAAUAUACCGCAGCUGGUGUUUGCUAUUCUUGUUCAAUCUCUUGCCAUGGCGAACAUACCCUCGUGGAGCUCUUUAACAAGCGCAACUUUGUUUGCGACUGUGGAACCACACGCCUACCGGAUACCAGCCCAUGCACGUUGCGUGUGAACCCCGCCAACGGACAGAAAGGAGAUAUCACUGGCGAAGAAGCGGCGAAGGGUAAUAAAUAUAAUCAGAAUUUUCGGAAUAGAUUCUGCGGCUGUGAAGAAGACUAUGACCCACACCAGGAGAAGGGUACCAUGUUCCAAUGCCUGGGGUUGGGUUAUGCAGAUAAUGGGGGAUGUGGAGAAGAUUGGUGGCAUCCCGAGUGUCUUGUCGGCCUCAGUCGCGAGGAAUAUAAGAAAAGCAUCCAGAAGCCAAGCAAAGAGACUACAGAUGGUACUACGUCUGGGGAAAGGCCUCCUGGAGGCAUACAUCGACAAAUCAGCUUCAGCAGGUCCGAGGAAGACAUCAACGGCGACGAAGAGGAUGCACGAAGGCCUUCUAUUGUGACCGACAUUGCAGCAAGUAACGGUGUUGUUGCCAGUAACGAAGCAGAGGAAGACGAGCCCGAAGAUGAAGACGACCCGCUCCCUCCAGGAUUCCCAAAUGAGGACGAUUUUGAUCACCUCAUAUGCUACAAAUGUGUAGAGGCGAACCCAUGGAUCAAGCGCUAUGCUAGCACAUCUGGUUUUCUGCCACCACUUUUCAACGAUGCAACAUUGAACUCUGCAAAAGACCACUCCGCAACACCUACCGAGGCAACGAUUACUGAGUCUAGGAAACGUAAGGCAUCCGACUCGGAAGAAACUCACUCAUCCCUCCAGCCCAUGGCUGCCCCGCCCAAGCGCCAGAAAUCCGAAGAUCCUACUUCAGCUCUCAAUCCUAUCCCCGAAGACUCAACAACAACGACUACCCUGCCCAUCACGCCCAAGAAACCCAGUCCAGACUCGUCGAUAUGUAAAUACGAACUACUCCCCUCAGCCCCUACAGAAACCACACCCUUCACACUAUUCCUUAAGGAGGACUUCCGCGACCAUUUCUGUCGCUGCCCAGUCCAUUUCCCCCUCCUCAAACCCUUCCCCCAACUCCUAGAGGAAGAAGACACCUAUGAGCCCCCUGUCUCCGAGGAUGGCAAUGAGGCGCCAGCCUCCGCGGGAACAGGCUCCAUCUACGACCGAGGCGAGGCUGCAUUUAGCAACAUGGAUCGAAUGCAGGCUAUUCAAGGUGCCAUGGCAUAUGCACAUCUGAAGGAUGGCUUGAAAGCUUUCCUGCAACCGUUUGCGGAAAGUGGACAAGCAGUCGGUGCGGAAGACAUCAAAGCAUAUUUCGAGAAACUGAGAGGUGAUGACAAAGGCAUCGCGGAGGCGGCUGGCGGUGCAAAGAAGGCCGAUGCAGAUGAUGAUAGUGGUGGUGACGGAGGUGAUAGUCGCAAGGAACAGAGUGGCUAUUGAAUAUGCAUCUCCGAGUCUCUUAGUACUAUUAUUUCAUUCAAAUUUGGACUUUUUCUUGAUCUCGCACGGCGAAGAGAGUAGCAUCCUCUCUUAUCAACGACGGACGUUGGUGUUUUGGUAAAGUCACAGAAAAGUAGUGAUAACUAGC